GAGCACCUACCGCAGGAGGGAACACCGACGAUGAUCGGCUUUGUCUCCCCACGGCCUUCCGCUUUGACUUUGCUUCUUUUGCUUUCCGGCCCCCUGCAUGCAGCCUGGGCUUAGCUCAACGGCCCGGGGAGGAGAGCCCCAAAGUCUGGGGAAGUUUUGAUUGCCGGACAACAACUGUGUAUCGGAAGUCCAGGACCUACACAAGCCUAUGCUCUCUGCCACUUACAUACGUACCAUGUUGGGGAUUGUAGUCUGGACCCUUCUCGAACUUCUCAUACCGCUUGCCGAGGAGAUACACCUAUGGAGGCAGAGAGGGAAUGGUAUGGGGGCGAAAGCCGAAGCCACUCUUUGCAUUUGCUUUUUCUUUGUUCGCCAUCGUGAACAUGACUCGCGGAUCAGAGUCCGGACCCAGCUGGCCCGGAGAGGACUUGUCCGGCCAGCGCCGAGGGCAAAGGAAACUUUUUUAUCCACUUAUGACAUGGAGAGGUCUAAUCACCUCCCAUGUCAUUCUCGGCCCAUUCAUACAUCAUACUGGGCGAAAGAUCGUGAACUAAGUCAUGCCCAACCGAG